CUUCUCAGACAAAUUGAAUGAAAUGGCCGGUAUACAGACGAAACUUUGCAAAGCAAUGAACCUGACAUGUUCCGUCCAUUGUAGCGACUUGUUACCGCUGUUUUGUAAAGACUGUGACCACCUCCUGUGUUGUGACUGUGUAACACGUGAUCACGCUGGACAUAAACUCUGUAACGUGUCGGAUGUUGUCAAAGAUCAUCAGCUUGCACUCCAGAAGGUCUUAAACAACGAAAAGUCAAUGCUAUUCUUAAGGAGACUCCUUGCAGAUUCACAGAGAGAACAGCAUCGGUUAGCUUUGCACACUGAAGAUCUUCUUCGAAAUGUUAUCAACAGAGAAGAAGAGAUUAUUGCGAAAGUGAAAAUUUGGAGAGGAAAUACGAUGGAUGUAAUCAAGAAUUUCAGGGAGCAACGUGACACGUAUUUGAAGGAGAAAAUAUCUACUAUUUCAACUAUCCUUAACAAAAGAGAAAAAGGCUUCUACCUCGAAUCAGAAAGAAGUAAACUGGAAAUCACACACAUUAAUUGUGAAGUGCGGCGUCUCCUUAAAUAUAUGCCGAAUUCGUUGGUGGAUGAAACGUCUGAUCUCAUUAGGUAUGAAUUAGAACGGCCCAGUGGCAGUUCCAAUUAUAUUUUUGGAAAAAUAUCAGAAAAAGAAAUGUCUUCAGAUGAAAUUCCUUCCGAUGAGGCUGAAAAAGUAAACAUCCUUGGAGAGAAUAGGGACGAUAAAGGGGAGUUUCAUGACUGUGUUGAAUUGCAUAGAUACAGAUUUCGUGAAGAUUCAAUCAAAGAUAUCAUACCAUUGCAAAAUCUUCACACAUUUCUUCUGAGUUCUGGUACAGUGUACCUUUGCGAUCUAAAUAAAGACGAUUUUGACGCAAAGACGAUUCUCUCCGAAGUGCAUCAGAUUGCUCACAUACCUACUUCCGGUGAUGUACUAUGCCUGAUGAAAGGUUUCAAAGAAAUAAAACGUAUUGCUGUUGGUAAUGUCGUCACAACGUUUCUGCAUUUCACUGGAAGUAGCGAGUUCACAUCCGUGAGCUCAGGCGGCAAUGAAACGUACGCAUGUGUAUCACGGAAAUCCGAUAUACAUGCAUGCAUACUUGAUAUAUUCAAUGAAUUGGGUGUGAUAUUAAAAACAUUUAAUAUCUAUAUCACUACCGAUGAUAGGUGGAGGUUGAUAAAAAAGAAUAAGCAACAACAUCAGUUUGGCAACUGGAGGUUGAUGAGAACCAUGAAUGGAAGGUACUGUAUCCGUACACAGUCCAACAUCGUCCAACUAAUUAAUUUAAAACUUGGAGAAACAACAAAAACCUAUACAGGAUCUGUAGGAACUGAUCCGGGAUCUAGAUUCUGUACGACGGGGAUGACGACAGACAACCACAACAACAUCUUACUGGUUGUGCAAAACGAUAACGCCAUCCAUCUUCUGGACAAGUCUUUGACAUUCCAGAAACUUCUGAUGACUGCUGAGGACGGUCUCCACUGUCCCACGUCUGUCGCUCUAGAUAGGGAUGGUUAUCUGUGGGUAGGGUGUGAAGACGGACAGAUACAUGUAGUGAAUUAUCAAUAUCUGCUCAACACGGAUAGAGAAACAAGGCUGAAGGUUAAAUAAAUACUGGGUUAUUUCACUCCAAGCACAAGAAGCCAAACGUACAGACUGAAUAUAUCGAUAGUUUAUUGUCUGAUAAACUGUUGUUAUCAAUUUGUUUAUGGUUAAUUGCGAUGGAAGUACACGGAUGCAUGUGACUUUACGGUA